UGCGAAUAAAAAGAUUGGCGUGAUCGUUACUUUGAAUUUCUUCCCUGCUUUUGCCCCUCGGCGCGAUGGCCUCUUGCCAUUGGCUGUUUCUUCUCAGCGUUUUGUCUCUGGCGUCCGGCCGGGCGCCCGAGGACCCGUGCGGCAUCAAGGCCAAGGACGCGGCCCUGGAGCCUCGCUGCGUCUACCGGGCCCCCGAGGGAGAGCCCGCCGACCGCGAGGACCUCGAGGCCUCGGUCCCGAGAGCGACCGAUCGGCGCGUGUGGGAGCUGUCCGUCGCCAACGCCCGCUUCGCCCUGUCGCUGUACCGACGGGUGGCGCUCGGCCGGACCGCCGACAGCAACGUCUUCCUGUCCCCGCUGGGCGUGUCGGCCGCCUUCUCCGUGACCAAACUGGGCGCCUGCGGACGCACGCUGGAGGAAAUCAUGAAGGUGUUUGAGUUCGAUUCGGUGACGGGGAGGACGUCGGCCCAAGUCCACUUUUACUUCGCCAAGCUCCUGUGUCGCUUGCAAAGGACAAAGGACGCCAGCACCGAGCUGGCGGUGGCCACUCGCCUCUUCGGGGACCGAUCGCUGCGCUUCGACGCCGCCUACCAGAACAUCAGCCGACGCGUCUACGGCGCCGAGAUGAUGUCGCUGGACUUGAGGGGCGAGCCGGAAGCGUCCCGCGGCGCCAUCAACGCUUGGGUGGCCAACAAGACGGAGAACAACAUCCGGGACGCGCUGCCCGCCGGCGCCAUCGGCGCCGAUGCCGUCCUGGUCCUGGUCAACAGCAUCUACUUCAAGGGUCGGUGGCUGCGCGAGUUCCACGAGGAGGACGCGUACGUGGCCCCCUUCCACGUGGACGCGCGGCGCCACUGUUCCGUGCAGAUGAUGUUCCAGGAAAACACCUUCCGUUCCGCCCGCCUGCCGGCGUACGGCCUCCGGCUGGGCGCGUGCGUGUUGCGUUCAGGGCUCCUGGACGGCGGCGGCGGCGGCGGCGUUUCCGUCAGCGACGCCUUCCACAAAGCCUUCCUGGAGGUGAACGAGCUGGGCAGCGAGGCGUCGGCGUCCUCCGCCGCGGUGGCGUCGGGAAGAUCCAUCAAGUUGGACGCCCAGGUGCUGCGGGCCGAUCGGCCCUUCCUGCUGCUGAUCCGCGAGAAGACCAUCGACGCCUUCCUCUUCGUGGGCCGCGUGGCGCGCCCCUGCCGACCGCGCGCCGCCGGCCCACGUCCUUGAAGCGACGCGCCUUCGCCGUCGCCGCGAGAAGAAUCGAUCCGACGACAAAGGAGCCUUUCAAGUGGACAGCGCGUCCUCGUUUCAGUGUUGCGCUCAAUAAAAGUGACGCGGCAAACGCACUCCAAAGACUUCAAGCCGGCUGAGC